AUGGCAGCUGACGACCGGGAGCUGAUCGCGCGGACGGCGGCGGCGCUGCGGGACACCUGCGACCGCCUGCUGAACGGCGACGCGGCGCGCCGGCCCUACCUGCGCGCGCUGAGCUGCGCUGGCGGCCUGGCCUCGCUGGCCGAGCUGCUGGCUGGCUGCGGCGGCGACGGCAGCUCGCCCUUCCUCUGGGAGGAGCUGACCGAGGUGCGGCUGACGCGCUGCCGCUUCGAGGCGCUCGACGAGUCGGUGCGCCUGGUGCCGCACGUGUGCCUGCUGGACCUCAGCCAGAACCGGCUUGUGGCUACCGACGGGCUCGAGUACCUGGCCGGCCUGCAGCACCUCAACCUGGCACACAACCAGCUCAGCGGUCUGCCCCAGCUCUGCAUGCCCGCCUACCUGGCGCUCCGCUGGCUCUCGCUCAGUAGCAACAAGCUCGAGUCACUCGAUGGCCUGCAGGAGAUGGUGGUGCUCGAGCACCUGGACGUCAGCUUCAACUUCCUGCUGUCGCACGCGCUGUUGGGGCCGCUGUUGGAGCUCGGACGGCUCCGGACACUUCACCUGCGGGGUAACCCUCUGUGCUGCUACAGCGACCACCGGCUCCGCACCGCCCGCGCCCUGCACCCCCUCUGCCAGACGGAUCAGUUCUGGCUGGACGGCUGGCGCCUGGAGCGGUCUGAGCUGCCGCCGCGCCAGCGUGCGCCGGCGACGAGGCCGGCGCUGCCCUCCGCGGGACCGUCGCCUGGGCCCGUGCGCACCGCGCUCAGCAGCGCGGCCCGGCCCGGCUCGCUCGACACCCGGCCGCCGCCCAUAGGCUCUGGCGGCAGUACGCCGGGCUCCCGACGACGGCGCACCAAGAGGCGCUCGCGGGUGAACCUGGCCGAUAUCUCCGACCUGGGCUCGACCCGGCCGGCUGCCGUCCUCACCACGUCCGGCAGCCUGAGCGACCAGACGUCCAGCCUCGACGGCAGAGAGCUACCGUCACACCUGGCCACGCGGGAGCAGAUCGAGGGACUCCGCCAGCAGCUGGGCGCCUGACUGGCUGCACAGCCGCGGCGGCACGCUGGUGCAGCAGCUGCUGGGCCUGCCAGAGCAGCCUCCGCCCACCUUCACCGUCGG